AUUCCUUCUCACAAAAUAAUUGAACUUGCUCCAUCUAGCUAGCUAGGCUCAUUUUAGCAACCACCAUAACCUAAUUAGUUCAGAUUCUUAAUUAAUUAAAAAAUAUAUAUAGUAAUAACAAUGAAGGCUGCUAUGUUAUCUUACGCCGGGUGUGAUCAAGAGCAGCCACAUUUUCUUGAAGCCUGUAACCUUUGCUCCAAAACAUUGGAUCAUACCAGUGAUAUCUAUAUGUACAGAGGGAACACUCCAUUUUGUAGCCAAGAAUGUAGACAAGAACAAAUUGGAAUUGAUGAGGCAAGAGAGAAGAGAUGUAGAAGACUUUCCAAGAAACAUACUUCUGAAAUCAAGAAUCCUACAAGCACUACUAGUAGUUCUAGUAUACAAAGUGGAACUCUUGUGGUGGCUUAAAAGUAGAGCAAAAUCAUAUCAAAACCUAAACUUGUGGUCUAGUUUGGUGUUAUAUAUAUUCUGGUGAUGAUUCUGGUUAAGUAUAAAGAGAGAUAUGAGACGAAUUAAGCUUGGCCUUCAUAGUUCAUUGAAAGAUCUCCAACUUUGAUCUUGGAAACCAUGAUUGGUUGAGCAUAUAUAAACUGUCUUGUAUGUGGCACCCAAAUGAAUCAAAUGAUGGAUAAUUAAGUAGC